UGAGCUUUCCGUUUAUUUGUUUUGAAUAUAUUUGAACGCUUAAACGCCUAUAAUUUUCUUAACAUUUCUGCGCACAUACGUGAGUGUGUAUUCACGCUAGGAAAUGUCCUUGUGAAUGUUAUUCGAAAUCGAACUUCCGUUUAAUUAUGGAUUGCACUAAAAUCGAUUUCUGUCACAAAAGUAAUUAUUAACAAUGAAUAUUUUAUUGUUGAUUUUCCAAUAUACCUGCCGCACAUGUUCUCUGCAAUAUAUUCACAUAUCCAUACAUAUAUGUAUGCAUAUAAAGAAGAAUAAUCCUUGGCAUUAGAAUAGUUGUUACUGAGUACACAAACAGCAGGCGACAAUGGGAAUUUGUGUUCGAUUUUUGUUUGUUUUAAUUCCUUAAAAUCUGAUUUGAUUAUGCUCGAUGAUACAACGCAUAUUGUUAAAGAAUUUGUUUAUUGCAUAUUAAGCAGAGGUGGCGCUAAAAUGUCUCCGACACUCUAUUAUCUACCGCCCAGUCCACCAUGUCGCAGCGUUUUGUUGUUGGGUAAAAUGUUGGGCAUUGAUUUCGAUUUGAAGAUCAUCAAUGUGUUGGCGGGUGAUCAGUUGAAGCCAGAUUUUCUUGAAUUGAAUCCUCAGCAUUGUAUACCUACAAUAAAUGAUGAAGGUCUCGUCUUGUGGGAGAGUCGCGCUAUUUUGCAAUACCUGGCCGCUGCAUAUGGCAAAGAUGAUUCACUCUAUCCAAAGGAUGUCCGUGUGCGUGCCUUGGUUGAUCAGCGGAUUCAUUUUGAUUUGAGCACCCUUUAUGCCCGCAUGUUUGAUUAUUAUCUACCAACCAUAUUCUGGAAUGCACCUUUAGAUGAAUCGAAAAAGGAUAGAUUGACCGAGGCAUUCGAUUGGUUUAAUUCAACUCUAAAGGGUCACGAAUUCGCGGCAACGGAUGCAUUCACAAUUGCUGAUCUCACACUUUUGGUAACGGUUUCACAAUGCGAAGCAUUCGGAUUCGAUGUUAAUUCCUAUAAUCGCGUUAAACACUGGUUACAGCGCUGCAAAGACUACAUGCAGCCAUACGAUUAUGAGGAGUUAAAUGGCAGCAAAGCAACAAUCUUGGCAGAUAUGUUACGCGCCAAAACGGAAAUCCCUUAAUUUCGUUGACGGAUCAUGGAAAAAAAUUUCCAAAAAAAAAAUAAAAAAAUAACUAAAAACCAAAAACUUUGGGCCAGUUUCACGUAGUGUAGUUUAGCUUAGUAUUUAUACACAAAAAAAAUCACUUACGUAAUAUACAUACAAACAUAGA